AUGCCUGCUGGACGACCCCAGGUCAACAUGGAGCCCUAUAAGGACCAAAUCAUUGUGCUCCUGACCCAGAAGACGCCUAUUAAUGUUAUACUAGACAUGUUGCACCAAAAAAACGGUCUCCAAAUAUCUCCUAGAACAUUCAAGCGCCGUACGCAGGCCUGGGGUAUCCAGCGACGAGCACCCACAGGCAUCACCAAUAACAGACCCUUACAAAUACGCGUCGAGACACUCAUCUGUGAGGGUAAUCUGUCUCCGAAAGAGAUACUCGAGGUUCUCGCCCGCGAUGGCACCCCUAUCUCCAACGACUCGCUUAAGCAAAUCCGUAGGCGGCUUGGUAUACGCCUUCACAUUGAUGAUAAGGACGAGCAGCGUCAGCAGGAGGACGAGAUACUAGAGGUACUGAAGGAGGAACAAGGCUUUGGGCUUAUUGAAGGGUCGCGCGGUGCCUAUAAAUGCCCUGGGCCAAACUUUGUAUGGCACAUUGAUGGAUAUAUGAAGCUAGAGCCUUAUGGGAUCGAGAUAUAUGCUGCGAUUGAUGGAUAUUCGCGUUAUGUUACCUGGUUCUAUGUUGGUAUAAGCACGCGAACUAGUUUCAGCGUUCUCCGUCAAUAUAUAGAUACAUUAUCGGCUACUGGCUUCCAACCGCGCACUAUCCGCUCCGACCUAGGCACUGAGACGAUGCUGAUCGCCGAUGCUCACUAUGCAUUACGGAAAGCCAUUGAUAUCGAUCCAAUGCUUCAGUUUUCUGACUGCUUUUGGUAUGGCCGUAGUGUCCAAAAUCAACGCAUCGAGUCCUGGUGGGGACAGCUUACAAGCUCUAUGAAUUUCGUGUGGCGUGAGCUCUUUAUUUGGCUACAGGACCAGGGCCACUUUCAGGCGACUAUCCCUGACCAGAUUGCUCUUCUUGCUGUAUAUAUGCCUUCUAUUAAGGACACAUGCGCGGAAUUUGUACUGACAUGGAACUCCCAUCGUAUAAGGAAGCAGAAAGGACGCCCCUAUAGUGUUCCAGGCAAGCCAUGGAUGAACUACUACUAUCCAGGGCAGGAUACUGAUGGACAGGAUAUCAAGGAUUACCAGCACACGCUUGACCCUGCUAUGCUUAGUGCUAUGCGAUAUGACGUGGAUGGCUGGGAUGCUGACGAAUAUCUCCCCAGGCAUACUAUGGAAUGGCGCCAUACUCAGUUGCUACAAAUGCAGUUUGACCCUGAAAGGCCACCAGUACGAGACGGCACCCGCCCAUAUGUGGAGAUCUACCUUCGGCUACGAGAGCGAGCCGUCUAUCAUACCCAAAUAGGUGCUAUUCCGAUCCUAUCACUGUGCGAGAAGCCCACUAUGUCUUCUGAUUGGGCAUAA